CGGCUGUCGGGGCGAGAGGAGAAGGGAAACGGAAUUAAGGAACUGCAGGCUGAGGGGGUUGUUCAGCCCCGGCGGGGCUCGGGCAGGUGAGCCGGGCUGCCCGGGGCGUCAGGCAGCCCCUGACGGUGCGAGCGAGGGGCGGAUCCGCUCCCUCGGCGCGGGGAGGUUUAAUGUGUCUUCUUGGGAGCGAUUGCAGCGGGGAGAGAGAGAAAGAUGCCGUAAUGAAAACAUUCCAUCAUCGACUGGGGCCAUUAACCUGCUUCGCUCGGCUUAAACAGCUCGCGGGGUGCGCCGGGGCUGGUUCCCAGCGGCAGGGCCCGGCUCCGGUUACCGCCACCUGUCCCAGCGCCGACACCCGAGCCGGGGUGAAGGUGACCGGGGGCAGCCGCAGCCCGGAGCACGGCGGCACCAAGGGGAGCGCGUCCUGACCCCCGGACUGGGGACAAAGUGCGGCCGUGCGUUGCAGGCAGGGGGGUGCCGUCCUGGUUUGUGCGAGUUUUGGAGAUGCUGGAGGAGUCCUUGGGCUCGUUCCAGCUCCUCCCUCGCCGGCAGUUAUUUUUACCCUCUCUCAGGUAAAGCUUUGGCGGGGGCGAGGGACGGGGGAUGCUAUAAUUAGCCGUGACAUCAGCCCCCGUGGCGGGUGCCGGGGUGAUGCCGCCACACCCGAGCGGGCGCUGGGACCGGGGAUGCUCCGCGCCCUCCUCCCCUCCCCGGUGAGAGGGGUGGGAUGGGAGGAGGAGAUGGGUUUUUCCUGCCUCCAGCACCGCCUUCGGCCGCUGUCCCGGGGCGCUCCGGCCCCGCUCGCUGCUCUGCGGCUCCUCACGGGCCUGGGAAAGGAGGUUUCCCGGAGCGGGGGAGCACGGAGGCGGCGGGGGGGAAGCGGGAGCGGGAUUUGACGGCAGCAACAGCACAUUUCACAGCCUGUCACGCUUUAAUGGCAGAGGAGAUCAAAGCCGGGAUGGAGUUAUUCAUAGAGAUAAACCAAUCCCCGAGGAGGCGAGGAGAAAACAACAUUGCAAGCUCUGUUAUCCCAGGUCUCGGAGCCCCGGGGAGGCUGUCGCCGAAAGCGCCCCGGGAGAUGGACCCGCUCGGUUUUGUGACGGGCGCUGCCCAUCCCUGCCAAAGACUGGCUGAGCCGCGGCUGAGCUGCCCACGUCAUCCCGGGGAGUGCUAGGAAGGGAUGGGAUGAGGGGUGGGAUGAGGCAGCCAAAGCAGCACGUGGGGGUGGACAUUUGGGGCAGAUGGAGACCCCACGGCUGGGUUGUCCUGCUCCCACCACGCACCCGGGUGUGCGAAUCGAAAGGGAGCAAAAUGAGGUUUUCCACGUCUCUUGGCCCAGGGAUGUGCUUUGCAGCUCCCAGAGCUGCCAAGAUGGUGGUGGAGGCACCGGCAGCGCUGCCACCGCCGCUCCGGGCGGGAUGAGCCGCUCUGGGACGGCUCCAGGGCUGCGGAUUCCUCCCUGACCCUGGCGAGAGACAGAGCAGAGGCAGCCAAGCAAGGCCCACCAGCCCCAGCCGCGGGCACCGGCGAUGCCGCGGCGCUGGGUGAUGCCAGAGUCGCAUCCCUGGAUCACACGGGGUGGGAAACGAGAAGCCGAAGGUGCCUUUUUCACGCCGCAUCCCAUGGCUGCUUCUGGUGGCGGGGUCCGGAACUCCAGGUGCCUGUGCCAUUCCAGCCCCGUGUUCCCGGCUGCAGACUCAGCACCUGCAGCACAGGACUUUAAUAAAAAGCACUUUAUGGAGAGUAAUGUGCUAAGUGGACUUCAUUAUAGAGCCAGGGCCUCCCUGGAUCCCGUUGUUCCAUAUGAUUUCAUAUCAGAUGAGCCUUAUCUCCUCUCCAAACGCUUCCAUUUAAACUCUAUUAAUCUUUCAAAGCUUUCCUGGGCAAGCUCUUCCCAGCCAGCCCUGCCGGGUGCCGGUGCUGCUGCCCCGGGCACUGAGGGCCACGCUGGCCCGGGGUUUUGGGGGCUCGGCCGGGACCCCCCCGCAGCUCCGUGUGCAGUCCAGCGUGUCCCUGGAGCCUCGGCUGUGAUCCGCCGUGACGGCUCUGCAUCCUCCUCCUCAGGAUCUGUUUACGCUAUAAUUGAACCUGUUUGUACUGCUGAGAGCUUGGCGGUGACUUCCCCGCUGGCAGUGUCCCUCUGUGCCGUGCAGGGGUCACCAGGGCUCUGCCAGGACGUGGAAGGCGCUGCCGAGGUGUCGCUAAUUCCAGGAUUAUUCCCGCCGACCCUUAUCCCAACGCUUUCCCGUGUUUCCUGCCGGUCGCGAGUCACCCGUAAGCAGGUGGUGAUUUUUUCUGACAUCCUUCACCGUGGCUCAGCCAGUUCGUGCAGGCAGAUUCAAGCCGGCGGUUUUAUUGGAGGGGGGAAAGCCCACGGUGCUCCGGUCUGGUUUCCUUGCUGCGCUCGCUCGCUCCGGCUCCGCACGGAUCACGCUUUUCAAAUCUAAUCUAAUCCAAGCAGAGCAGUCACACAGCCCUGGCAUGUGGUGGCUCUGGAAGGGUCUCCCUGUCCCUGCCAGGAGAGCAGGGGUUUAAAAUCCCUGAUAAAUCACAGAGUGGGUGGGAACACCCUGCCCCAGCUCCCUCCUUGGGCUGAGAGCCUGGAUGCAAACACACCAAACACUCCAUACAGAAAAAAACCCUCCAAAAAUAAAUAAUCGGUUAUAAUAUCCAAGUGUCAGGGCUGUAUAAAUAAAUAAGAGCCAGUGAGGAGCUCCUUGAACCCUGGCUGGAGCAGGAAUUGCAGCUCUGCCUCGGGAGCCCCGGCCAAGCUCCACAGGCAAUAAACACAGGUGGCUCUAAACAGCCAGAGAUAUUAAACUGAGGCAAAAAGGCCACGAGACAGUUAAUUACUUGGUCUCCCUGUGGAGAUCUGUGGCUCCAGAGGCUCAGGGGAUCUCCCCCUCCAGCGUGGCUUCUCCCCACUUGAUAUCGGGGAGAGAGGGAAAAUGGCACCAGGAGGUUCCUGGGCAGGUCCUUUGGAAUCCUCAGAGAGCACCUCGCUAUUGCCCAGCCUGGGGCUGGUGCCAACACCAAAGGGGGGCUGAGGGGAACAGCCUGGAACCCCUCGUCUGCUGGUGCUGUCCAGGGCUGUGCUUCCAGCCUUGGAUCCCUUGGGACGCACGUGCCCUGUCCUCAGCCGUGAAAUCCUCACCUCCACUGCGGUCGGAUACCACUCGAAAGCCUCUUCAUCUCCUCCAGCAGCCACAGAUGCCAUUACAGCUUAUUAAUGAUCAUUAAUAAUUCAUUUGUUAAUGAGUCUUUAUGUGCAAAGGCAUUGCAAGAGGAACAGGAUUGGCCAGAGGUGAAGCUGAGAUGCUCUGAGCUCUUGGCACGACACCUCUGGGCGUGCGCGGUGCCUCCAGCUGUGUGUGACACCUCCGGGUGUGCAAAGGGCUUUGGGGUGUGACACCUCC